AUGCUGUCGCUCCGAGUUGAGUCUCUGGAGACUCUUCUCAACAAAUCGACGGCUGAGGUGAAUGAGCUUCAAGCGGAGAUCAAGCGUCUCAAGUCAGCGAACGUUCGCAUUGGCUCUUUGCUCGAGAAGAGCAAGGAAUCGAUGGACGUUCAGACCGAGAACCUCCGGCUCGCCAUGAACUAUGCCGAGCAGAAGCAGGAUAUCAUCGACGCCUUGGACAAGCAGAUUGAGAAGGAGCGCGAGGUCUUCAAGACGACGGUCAGUGCGAACACCGAAAACACUCGCAAGCUCCAUGACCUGCUGCUCAAGGCCACGCAGGGUACCUGGGUCGAUGCCGACACUGCUGCGCUGAUCGCUGACCUAAAAGACCGCAAUUUGCGCUUACUCCGGACCAACCGCGCUCUCCGAGGGUUCGUUAGCUUCGCUGGCAUGGAUCCCAACACUCUCGCUCUCGCCAUCCAAGGCCUCCGAGCGGCCGAAGUCGACCUUUCAUCACUCGGCCUUGACCAGGACACAUUCCUCGCUCUCCAGCGAUUCCAGCAAGAGGCCGGCGACCAAGAAGAUCCGUUCGCCCUUGCUGAAGCCUUGGCCAAGACUGCUCAACAAGUUCAGAGCAGCACCCCCAAGCGCAGCCGCCAUGGGGGUGACGCUGGUGACUCCGAGGAUUCAUCUGAAGAAAAGACUCCGGUUCCAUCUGGUCGAGCUAGUAGAGCAAGGUCGGCGGCUGGCUCUGGCGAAGAAUCGGCUGCGGCUGCUUCGAGUCCGACUCCCAGUCGCCGAGGUCUCCACAUGCCAAAGGCUUGGAAGAACAAGCCGAAGUCCAAGCGUCAGAAAACUGCUUCGCACUCGCCGGCAUCCGCUCGUUCGCGCUCCAGCCUAGCUUCUCGCCGCUCGACGUCUCGGCUGCCCGCGCGUUCGCCUUCGGCGGCCCACGCUAAAUCGCCCGCGAGUCACCCGAGGUCUCGUUCGCAUUCUGUGUCCAGUCGUCCGGCCAGGUCGAAGUCUCCCGCAUCUCCACCGUCUGUUCCUGCUAGUCCUCCCAAGGCUGAACCGUCAAAAGACGACCAACCUUCUGAGGUCGUGGACUUAACGAGAGAUGAGAGUGACGAGGACAUGGAAGAGGAACCAACUGCGGUUCCUACGGAGCCCGAAGAUACGGAGGUGACUCGCCUGGCUUCACCAACUCAUCCGGCGACUUCCCAACGCAGUAACGUGGCUUCUUCCUCAUCUCGCGCUUCUUCGCCACCGGUUGGUGCUUCCCAACAAGCUCUUACCUCUUACGAGCUCGAGAUGCAGUUAUUAUUUGGAUCCGACGACGAUGAGGAAGCUCCAAGCGGUUCGAAGGAGUCUCGUGAACCUGCUGGGCUGGUGUCACCUUAUCGUUCGUCCUCUGAUGAAGAUACCCCAUCGCCUCCCAAGCGUUCGGACAGCACACCAAUCUCCAAGCAACCUUCGGUUCCACCUUCUCAAUCCCCUGAUUCUUCCGAUGGCGACGAGGGUGACUCCAGCAAUGAUUCUCACGACGGUGAUGGAGCUGGUGGAGUUGAUCCUCGAGACGACGAGCCUUCGUUUGAUUUUCCUUCUGGUGAUACUGCUGGUGAUGAAGAUAUUCCGUCGUCGACCGACAUUUCUCGUGCAUCUGCAGUUGUCGAGGGUUCCGUUACCAGUCUCGUGAAACCUCGUCUGUGGCGCCUCAAGCUUCGUCUCCACUGUCAAGAGUUCUCACGAGUCCAACGACUACUCGUCAUCAUCCUCCGCCUCCGGGGUCUGCACUGA